ACUAACGUCCAUUCACCGCCGUUUACCCCCCUCUCCUCCCUCCUUCUCUCUCUCUCUACAACAAACAAACUUUCUCUUUCUCUUUCUCUCUCCUCAUAACAAUACCGCCAUUAACACCACCAGUCUAUAUCCUCUGUUCUCCAUCACAACAGUUCACGCCAAACGCCUGUUCUCUCUAAAUAUCCUCACUCUCUCUCUCUCUCUCUCUCUCACACACUCACACUGUGUGUCAUGGCACUCAUUACUACUGCAUUUUAGUUUGUUCCUACUCAAAGUUGAAACUAUCAUUAUUAUACUGGAAUUGUGUCAUCUUCAACGAUGGAGAAUGCUUCAUUGUGUGCUGUCAUGGCGGUUUUGGUUGUUCUGUCUCCGUAUACGACGUCGUCUCCGAUAACUGAUGAAGGGAAGGCGUUAAUGGCGAUUAAAGCGUCGUUUAGUAAUGUUGUUAACGUGUUGCUGGAUUGGGAUGAGGAUCAGAAUGAUGAUCUUUGUUCGUGGAGAGGGGUUAUGUGUAAUAAUAUCAGCACAACUGUGGUUGCUUUGAAUCUGUCUAAUCUGAACCUCGGUGGGGAAAUUUCACCUUCGAUUGGGGACUUGAGGAAUCUGCUAACUGUAGAUUUACAGGGGAACAAGCUAACCGGACAAAUCCCGGAUGAAAUCGGCAGCUGUGUAAACCUUGUGCUGCUUGACUUAUCUGAUAAUCUGCUGUACGGAGACAUACCCUUCUCCAUCUCGAAGCUCAAGCGACUUGAAUUAUUGAAUCUGAAGAACAACCAAAUUACAGGCCCCAUCCCUUCAACACUGACUCAAAUUCCCAACCUUAAAACACUUGAUCUGGCACAAAAUCAGCUGACUGGUGAGAUACCCAGAUUAAUAUACUGGAAUGAAGUAUUACAAUAUCUCGGCUUGCGAGGCAAUUCGUUAACCGGGACUCUGUCUGCUGAUAUGUGCCAGUUAACUGGCCUUUGGUAUUUUGAUGUUCGGGGAAAUAACUUGACCGGCACUAUCCCAGAUAGCAUCGGUAACUGUACUAGCUUUGAGAUAUUAGAUAUAUCUUACAAUCAGAUCACCGGUGAAAUCCCAUACAAUAUCGGGUUUCUUCAAGUGGCAACCUUGUCCCUUCAAGGUAACAAGUUGACGGGAAAAAUUCCGGAAGUCAUUGGUCUUAUGCAAGCUCUUGCUGUCUUGGAUCUAAGUGAGAACGAAUUAGUCGGACCGAUCCCGGCAAUCUUUGGCAACUUAUCAUUCACAGGCAAACUGUAUCUACAUGGGAACCGACUUACGGGACCGAUUCCACCCGAGCUCGGCAACAUGACAAAGCUUAGUUAUCUGCAGUUGAACAAUAAUCAGCUGACCGGUGGAAUUCCUGCUGAACUCGGGAAUCUGGAUCAACUUUUUGAAUUAAAUCUUGCACUCAACAAUCUUGAAGGGCCCAUUCCCGAACGGCUUAGCUCUUGCACUGCGUUAAAUCAACUCAAUGUGCAUGGAAACUUGCUCAAUGGUUCCAUUCCUUCCGGCUUUCGCCAUCUAGAAAGCUUAACUUAUUUGAAUCUUUCAUCGAAUAAAUUUAAGGGAAGUAUACCAUUUCAGCUUGGGAGGAUAAUCAAUCUGGAUACAUUGGAUCUUUCGAGCAAUCAAUUCUCGGGAUUAGUUCCUGCAUCCAUCGGUGAUUUGGAGCAUCUUUUGACCCUGAAUUUAAGCCGUAAUAACCUUGAGGGUCCAAUACCUCAAGAAUUUGGGAAUCUAAGAAGCGUUCAAAUUAUUGACAUGUCGUUUAACAAACUCCACAAGGGUAUUCCGAUCGAAAUGGGCCAGUUACAAAACGUUAUCCAUCUAAUCUUGAACGACAACGAUCUCACCGGGGGGAUACCGAACCAACUAUCCAACUGUUUCAGUCUAGUAAGCCUAAAUGUUUCUUACAACAACCUUUCCGGGGUGGUACCCGAUAGUAAAACAUUUUCUCGCUUUCCACCGGAUAGCUUUCUUGGAAAUCCGUUGUUAUGCGGAAACUGGUCAGGUUCCAUAUGCGACCCGUAUUCACCAAAACAAAGAGUUAUAUUUUCAAGAACCGCAAUUGUUUGCAUGACACUAGGCUUUGUGGUCCUUGUUGUGAUGGUGGCAUUAACGAUUUUACGAACAAGCAAGCCGAGACAAUAUAUGAAAGAACCAAGCAAGGGUUCGCAAGGACCUCCGAAACUUGUGGUUCUACACAUGGAUAUGGCGAUUCACACCUACGAUGAUAUCUUAAGAAUCACCGAGAAUUUCAACGAAAAAUACAUAAUUGGAUAUGGAUCUUCGAGCACUGUUUACAAAUGUGUGUUAAAGAAUUCCCGACCCAUUGCGAUUAAGCGUCUUUACACCCAAUACCAGCACAACUUUCAAGAGUUCGAGACCGAGCUUGAAACCGUUGGAAGCAUUCGGCACCGUAACCUCGUGAGUUUGCAUGGUUAUUCACUUUCACCCACUGGAAACCUUCUCUUUUAUGACUACAUGCCAAAUGGUUCUCUAUGGGAUCUUCUUCAUGGACCGUCAAAGAAGGUGAAACUUGAUUGGGAAUCGCGUCACAAGAUCGCGAUCGGGGCUGCACAAGGACUAGCGUAUCUUCACCAUGAUUGCAACCCGAGAAUCAUCCACAGAGAUGUGAAGUCGUCGAAUAUAUUGCUAGACGAGAACUUUGAAGCUCAUCUCUCGGAUUUCGGCAUUGCGAAAUCUCUACCGACGACCAAAACGUACGCGUCAACUUAUGUUCUUGGGACCAUUGGCUACAUUGACCCGGAAUACGCCAGGACCUCUCGACUUACUGAAAAAUCGGAUGUCUAUAGUUUCGGUAUCGUUCUGUUGGAGCUCUUAACGGGGAAAAAAGCUGUCGAUAACGAGUCCAACUUGCAUCAACUGAUAUUGUCAAAGGCGGAUGAUAAUACGAUAAUGGAAGCAGUUGAUCCGGAAGUUUCCGUUACAUGCAUGGAUCUAUCUCAUGUUCGAAAGACGUUUCAACUCGCGUUGUUAUGCACGAGGCGUCACCCUUCUGAGAGACCUACGAUGCAUGAAGUUGCGGGUAUUCUGCAGUCGUUACUCCCAGCUGCUAAAAAGCCGAGUUCGGUUGGCGAGAAAAAGACAGGAUAUACAGAGCUUCAUUCUAAGCAGCAGCAGCGGCAGCACGAGGAUGAUGAGAAUUCGUCUGAUGCUCAGUGGUUCUUCAGGUUCCGUGAACUUGUAUCCAAUAAUACAUUUUAGAAUAUAGUUAUAUAUUAUGGGAACUUGUUUUGGAACAUGUCUAAAAUUAUGCGUCUUUUGGGUAAAAAACUUGGAUAGUAUCAGAUUUAGGAAUUAAUGUUUGGCAACUUAAUAUUAAUGUAGUUGUGGACUUUUUUUUUGCAUGGCUA